AUGAAUUUUAUGAAGGCUUUAAUAGUGAUUUUCGCUAUCUCUCGGUCUCUGGUAACUUUUUCAUCGGAAAAUUUGAUAGAUGUUUGUCAAACAUCUAGUAACUUCAAAUUAUGCACUGACUCUCUUAGAGCUGAUCCUAAGAGCUUUUCUGCUGAUAAAAAAGUUGUAAAUCGACUAGCGCAGACAAAAGAACCUGUUCUCAAGGAAUGCCUUCACAUUUGUGAGGAAAAUUAUGGUAGAGCUAGCUCAUUAGCAGCUAUUAGAGCCGAUGAAAGCCAGUUGACAGAAACAUCGAAUGCGGUUAUUUCUCAUGAUAGAUUUGGAGACAGGGCCACCAAAUUCAUUGAGCCGACCCAGUCUGGAGAUUUCUGGACUAUAGCUGAAGCAAUACAAGCAGAACCAGAUCGUAGUAUUGAGCGAUACUAUAUCAAGAUCAAACAAGGCACAUACCGAGAAUACAUUCAAGUUGCUAAAAAGAAGACUAACAUAGUCCUUAUCGGGGAAGGAAUGAAGACAACGAUAAUAGGGGGCAAUAGAAGCUUCGCCGACGGUAACAAGACCUUUGACACUGGAACAGUUGGGAUCAGUGGGAAUGGCUUCACAGCGCAAGAUAUCACCUUUAGGAAUGAUGCUGGACCGAGAAAGUUUCAGGCUGUGGCAUUGAGAGUAGAAUCAGAUAUGGUUUCGUUCUACAGAUGUCGAUUCGAGGGGUAUCAAGACACCCUAUAUACUAGAAGGGACCGUCAUCAAUUCUACCGUGACUGUGAAAUUUAUGGCACGGUAGAUUUUAUUUGUGGCAAUGCGCGUGCCCUAUUCCAGAACUGUUUAAUUCAAGCACACAUUCCAUUGGACAAGCAGUAUAAUACAAUCACGGCACAAGAGAGAGAUCUUAAGGAUGGCCAAACUGGACUAGUGCUUCAAAAUUGCACUAUAAAAGCUUCCCGGGAUUUGGAGAAAAUGGACGACAUCACCACAUAUUUAGGUCGUCCCUAG